GGGAGGAGCUUCAACCAUGGGCGGUGGUGGCGGCGGCGGCAGCACCAUUGGCGGCGGCAGCGUGCUGGGCGGACACGGCACGGGCAUGAGCAACAGUACGGUUGGCAUGGGAGCUCCUCCUGGCAGCUUGAUGCACGGCGGCGGCCCCAAUGGCGGCGCCCCCGGCAAUAUCUACGGCAAUGGCAAUGGCGGUGUGGUGGGUGUGGGUGGCGGUGGCGGCGGCGGUGGACAGAGCACAGCCCCCGGUUCGGUGAUUGACUCGAGGGCCGUGUCCGUCGUGGUGACACUGCCCGGCGGUCCCGGAUCCCAGCAUCCGGGGCAGGCGUUGAGCGACUACGGUCCCAUAUAGUUAAUGGUACGCCCGGACACCACGCACUGGGUCUCGACGAGCAGCUUCAGUCAGCUGUAAGGAUCCUUUCACUCACUCCUCACCCUCUCUGUCUCACUGUCUGUCUGUCUGUCUGUCUGUCUGUCUGUCUGUCA